AUGUUGAGUGCAUCGGUUGUAUUUCAAAAGACGUCGUCCGGCGCUCUACGGAUUGUUCGAAGUGCCUUCGACGUAGCCACAGUGUCAGGCCACGUCUCUGUGCGUAACGAAGCGCAGGGGAAACGGUUGAAUCGAACAGGUGGGCUCGGAGCUCUGGGUCCGUCACCUGAUCGUUCUCCAUGUUCACCGAACGUUCGAGAUAUAUGUAAGAAGACGUCUCCGCAAUUGGAGACCUUCAAAUUCCAUUUCCUAAUCCUCGCAAAAAUGUUCUUCAUGACUGAGUCUUCUUUCGGUUAA